AUGUCGCAUGAUAGAGCCAGACUAGUAAAUGGCGAAUCUUUAGGCGAGCCGUCACAGACACUCACCGUUUCUGAAAUUCCCUCCGUUUUGCAACUUCGUGGCCUUGAAAGCCCCGAUCCCGAAGCUACCUCAGGUAGAGGCUCUAACACCAGAAGACAAGCGGGGAACCGGGUUCGAUGGGAGGAAGGAGUGGUGGAUAAUGAGCAUUUGAAUAAAAAAAAGACCAAGAUUUGCUGCAUUUUCCACCCCCAGCAGGAGUUUGAUGCCGAAGGAGAUCACGAAGAUUGCCACGAACAUGAUCAUGGCCAUGAGAGUUCUUCUUCAUCCUCCUCCGAAUCAGACAGUGAUAAAAACGAAAGUCCUGACAUGAGGCGCAGGCAGCGCAAAGAGAGGCGGCAUCGAAAACUCAACAUGGGACGAUCAUCAAGCCCAAACGCCUACGAAAUCCAACCUGAUUAUUCUCAUCUAAGGAAUGACCCACGCCAGACUACGUGA